UCCUUCGGCCGCGGGGGGCGGAGUCUCGGCGGCCCGGGCCUGUCACUGUCCCCUGGCCUGGGUCCCGGCUCCCCUCCCCGUGCCCUUCACGGCGCCCUGCCCUCCCGGGUGCCGCCGCUCGGCCCCGCGUUCCCGCUGUACCCGGCUCCCGCUCCCGACGCCGCACGUCUAUCCCGCUUGGGUAACUCAUUCCACUUCGGAGUUCUUUUAAUUCUACGGAAAGAGUUCAAAUCCCCCAGAAGCCAAAAUGGAACACAGUAAGCAGAUUCGAAUUUUACUAUUGAACGAAAUGGAGAAGCUAGAGAAGACCCUCUUCAGACUUGAGCAAGGAUUUGAACUACAGUUCCGAUUAGGCCCAACUUUACAAGGAAAAGCUGUUACUGUUUAUACAAAUUACCCAUUUCCUGGAGAAGCAUUUAAUCGAGAAAAAUUCCGUUCCUUGGAUUGGGAAAACCCAACGGAGAGAGAAGAUGAUUCGGACAAAUACUGUAAAGUUGAUCUGCAGCAGUCUGGGUCUUUUCAGUACUACUUCCUUCAAGGACAGGAGAAAAGUGGCGGAGGUUACAUCGUUGUGGAUCCUAUUCUGCGAGUUGGAGCUGAUAAUCAUGUGCUACCCUUGGACUGUGUUACUCUGCAGACGUUUUUAGCAAAAUGUUUAGGACCCUUUGAUGAGUGGGAAAGCCGACUACGGGUGGCAAAGGAGUCAGGCUACAACAUGAUUCACUUCACCCCGCUGCAGGCCCUCGGACUGUCCAGGUCAUGCUAUUCCCUUGCCGAUCAGUUAGAAUUAAAUCCUAACUUCUCAAGGCCCAAUAGAAGAUAUACCUGGGAUGAUGUUGGGCAGCUAGUAGAGAAGCUGAAGAGGGAGUGGAACAUUCUUUGUAUUACCGAUGUGGUCUACAAUCAUACUGCUGCUAAUAGUAAGUGGAUCCAUGAGCAUCCAGAAUCUGCGUACAAUCUUGUAAAUUCUCCACACUUGAAACCUGCCUGGGUCCUAGACAGAGCGCUCUGGCACUUGUCCUGUGAUGUUGCAGAUGGGAAGUACAGAGAGAAAGGAGUCCCUGCUCUAAUUGAAAAUGACCAUCACAUGAACUGCAUUCGGAAAAUAAUUUGGGAGGACAUUUUCCCAAGGAUUCAACUCUGGGAGUUUUUCCAAGUAGAUGUUCAGAAAGCGGUUGAACAAUUUAGAAGACUGCUCUCUCAAGAAAACAGAAGAGUAACUAAGUCUGAACCGAAAGAACAUCUUAAAAUUAUUCAGGACCCUGAAUUCAGGCGGCUGGGCUGUGCUGUAGAUAUGAACAUUGCUCUGGCGACCUUCAUACCACAUGACAAUGGGCCAGCUGCAAUUGAAGAGUGCUGUAAUUGGUUCCGUAAGAGACUCGAGGAGUUAAAUUCAGAGAAACACCACCUCACCAGCUGUCAUCAGGAACAGGCCGUUAAUUGUCUUUUGGGAAACGUGUUUUAUGAACGGCUGGCGGGCCAUGGCCCUAAACUAGGACCCGUCACCAGGAAGUACCCUUUAGUUACCAGGUAUUUUACUUUCCCCUUUGAAGAAAUGGCCUUGUCCGCAGAAGAGUCCCUGCUCCACCGCCCAGAUAAAGCUUGCUUUCUAAUGGCACACAAUGGCUGGGUGAUGGGCGAUGACCCGCUCCGGAACUUUGCUGAGCCAGGUUCCAACGUUUAUUUAAGGAGAGAACUUAUUUGCUGGGGUGACAGUGUGAAAUUGCGCUAUGGGAACAAGCCAGAGGACUGCCCUUACCUGUGGGCACACAUGAAGAAAUACACUGAGAUCACUGCCACUCACUUCCAGGGAGUGCGCCUUGACAACUGCCACUCCACGCCUCUCCACGUGGCUGAGUACAUGCUGGAUGCUGCUAGGAAAUUACAGCCCAAUCUUUAUGUAGUGGCUGAGCUGUUCACAGGAAGCGAAGAUCUGGACAAUAUCUUCGUUACUAGACUGGGCAUCAGUUCCUUAAUAAGAGAGGCAAUGAGCGCAUAUAACAGUCACGAAGAGGGCAGAUUGGUCUACCGGUACGGAGGGGAGCCCGUUGGAUCCUUCGUUCAGCCCUGUUUGAGGCCUCUUAUGCCAGCUAUCGCGCAUGCCCUGUUUAUGGACAUCACCCACGAUAAUGAGUGUCCAAUUGUGCACAGAUCAGCCUAUGAUGCGCUUCCAAGUACCACAGUUGUCUCCAUGGCGUGUUGUGCUAGUGGAAGUACAAGAGGCUACGACGAGCUAGUGCCUCAUCAGAUUUCAGUGGUUGCUGAAGAACGGUUUUAUACUAAGUGGAAUCCUGGGGCGUCCCCAUCGGAUACAGGAGAUGUUAGCAUCCACAGUGGGAUUAUUGCAGCCAGAUGUGCCAUCAACAGACUCCAUCAAGAGCUCGGAGCCAAGGGUUUCAUUCAAGUGUAUGUGGAUCAAGUGGAUGAAGACAUAGUGGCAGUAACCAGGCACUCGCCGAGCAUCCAUCAGUCUGUUGUGGCUGUAUCAAGAACGGCUUUUAGGAAUCCCAAGACUUCAUUUUACAGCAAAGAAGUGCCUCAAAUGUGCAUCCCUGGCAAAAUUGAAGAGGUAGUUCUGGAAGCUAGAACUAUUGAGAGGAAUACAAAACCUUAUAGGAAAGAUGAGAAUUCAAUCAAUGGAAUGCCGAACAUGACAGUGGAACUUAGAGAACAUAUCCAGCUUCAUGAAAGUAAAAUUGUCAAACAAGCUGGAGUUGCCACAAAGGGUCCCAAUGAAUAUAUUCAGGAAAUAGAAUUUGAAAACCUAUCUCCAGGAAGUGUUAUUAUAUUCAGAGUUAGCCUUGAUCCACAUGCGCAAGUUGCUGUUGGAAUUCUUCGAAAUCACCUGACCCAAUUCAGCUCCCAUUUUAAAUCUGGAAGCCUCGCUGUUGACAACUCGGAUCCUAUAUUAAAAAUCCCCUUCGUUUCCAUUGCCUCUAAAUUGACUUUGGCUGAGCUAAAUCAGGUACUUUACCGAUGUGAAUCAGAAGAACAAGAAGACGGUGGAGGUUGCUAUGACAUACCAAACUGGUCGUCCCUUAAGUAUGCAGGUCUGCAAGGACUAAUGUCCGUGCUGGCAGAAAUAAGACCAAAGAAUGACUUGGGGCAUCCCUUCUGUGAAAACUUGAGGUCCGGCGACUGGAUGAUCGACUACGUCAGUGGCCGGCUAAUCUCACGAUCAGGGAGUAUUGCUGAAGUUGGAAAAUGGUUGCAGGCUAUGUUCUUCUACCUGAAGCAGAUCCCGCGAUACCUCAUCCCAUGUUACUUUGAUGCUAUAUUAAUCGGUGCAUAUACCACUCUGCUGGAUGUAGCCUGGAAACAGAUGUCAAGCUUUGUUCAGAAUGGCUCGACCUUCGUGAAGCACCUGUCCCUGGGUUCUGUCCAGAUGUGUGGAGUGGGGAAGUGUCCUUGUCUGCCGCUGCUUUCACCCUCGCUCCUGGAUGUGCCGUGCAGGUUAAAUGAGAUCACGAAGGAGAAAGAGCAGUGCUGUGCUUCCUUGGCUGCAGGCUUGCCUCACUUUUCUUCUGGUCUUUUCCGCUGCUGGGGGAGGGACACUUUCAUUGCACUCCGAGGGAUGCUGCUGGUUACUGGUCGCUACCUAGAAGCCAGGAAUAUUAUUUUAGCAUUUGCUAGUACCCUGAGGCAUGGUCUCAUUCCUAACCUCCUUGGCGAAGGAACGUAUGCCAGGUACAACUGUCGUGAUGCCGUGUGGUGGUGGCUGCAGUGCAUUCAGGACUAUUGCAAGAUGGUUCCAAAUGGUCUAGACAUCCUCAAAUGCCCAGUUUCCAGAAUGUAUCCAACAGAUGACUCUGCACCUUUGCCUGCUGGGACUCUGGAUCAGCCUUUGUUUGAAGUCAUACAGGAAGCUAUGCAGAGGCACAUGCAAGGCAUUCAGUUCCGAGAGCGGAAUGCCGGUCCACAGAUCGAUCGAAACAUGAAGGACGAGGGUUUCAACAUAACCGCGGGGGUUGAUGAAGAAACAGGAUUUGUUUAUGGAGGAAAUCGCUUCAACUGUGGCACAUGGAUGGAUAAAAUGGGAGAGAGUGACAGAGCUAGAAACAGAGGGAUCCCAGCCACCCCAAGAGAUGGGUCUGCUGUGGAAAUCGUGGGCUUGUGUAAAUCUGCUGUUCGUUGGUUGCUGGAAUUGUCCAAGAAAAACAUUUUUCCUUAUCAUGAAGUCAGAGUAAGAAGACAUGGAAAGGUUGUAGCAGUCUCCUAUGAUGAGUGGAACAGAAAAAUACAAAACAGUUUUGAAAAGCUCUUUCAUGUUUCCGAAGACCCUUCAGAUCCUAAUGAGAAGCAUCCGAAUCUGGUUCACAAGCGGGGCAUCUACAAGGACAGCUAUGGUGCGUCAAGUCCUUGGUGUGACUAUCAGCUCAGGCCCAACUUUACCAUAGCAAUGGUCGUGGCCCCUGAGCUCUUUACUGCUGAAAAGGCUUGGAAGGCUUUGGAAAUUGCAGAAGGAAAAUUGCUUGGUCCCCUUGGCAUGAAGACUUUGGAUCCAGAUGACAUGGUUUACUGUGGAGUCUAUGAUAAUGCCUUAGACAAUGACAACUACAACCUUGCCAGAGGUUUCAAUUACCACCAAGGACCUGAGUGGCUAUGGCCGAUUGGGUAUUUUCUUCGUGCAAAGUUGUAUUUUUCCAAAAUGAUGGGUCCAGAGACUGCUGCAAAGACUGUAUUUUUGGUUAAAAAUGUUCUUUCUAGACAUUAUGUUCAUCUUGAGAGAUCCCCAUGGAAAGGACUUCCAGAGCUCACCAAUGAGAAUGGCCAGUACUGCCCUUUCAGCUGUGAGACACAGGCAUGGUCGAUGGCUGCUGUUCUCGAAACCCUCUAUGAUCUAUAGUUGGCUCGUAGAUACUUAGUAAUUGUGUGAACACUUGACACUAUUGAAUGCAAGGUCAUAAGGAAAUGUAAGCUCAACUCAUUUUAAAAAUCCCAUUCAUAGCCAGGGAGUGGUGGUGUACACCGUUGAUCCCAGCACUCGGGAAACAGAAGCAGGCAGAUCUCUUGAGUUCGAUAGAGGCCAGCCUGGUCUACAGAGAAAGUUCCUGGACAGCCAGGGGUACACAGAGAAACCCUGUGUCGAAAAACCAAAAAUUAAACAAAAAAAAUAGAUUUUUUUUGGCUUUUUUUCUUAAAGAAUAUCAUGUGUACUGGGGAUUACACGAAGGACCUCAUGUAUGUUAGACAAGCAUUCUACCAACUGAACUUCAUCCUGUGUCCUAUUUUUUCUAUAUUCUUUUGAUUUGAAUCGAAGAAAAAUGAUCUUUUCCCAUAGAAGGUUACAGGGAAAAGUAUUCUUCAAAGCAGAGUUUAAAAACAGUGUAUUAUCUUCAUUUUAGAGGAAGAAGUCCUGCUGUCUAUUGGCACACUCCACAGGCUGUGUCAUGAAUGCUCUAACGUUUGCUACAGCAGUCUUAAUACCAUGCCUAAUGCAGUCAGUGCACACUUGUUAAAUGUUUUAUGAAUGUGGAAUUAUGGAAGUUUCCACCCACAGUAUAUGUUCAUAGCUGGAGCACAGAGCUUCAAAAUGUGCUUUAUUUUUCAUGGACAAGUUAUGUUUUUAAUAUAGUAAAUGCCAACUAUACUUAAUAUAGCCUAUUUGUGUUAAAGAGUAAUUGGUCGUAAUAAAACAGACCACUAGAACAUAAGACAAUUCUGUAAAAUUAGUUCUAAUUUCCCACUAUGAGAUAGUUUACAUUUUCAAAGUGGAAAUGACUGGGCAUAUUUAUGAAAUUUUUCAAGGGGGAAAAAAGCUUAGAGCUGUACUUGGUGACACAGCUUGCUUAGCAUGGUCAAGGCCUUGAGUUCUAUCCCUAAAACCAUCAAGAAAGGAAGGAAGGAGUAUAAGAGGGGAGGGAGGGGGGAGGGAAAGAAAGAGGGAAGAUUUAAAAUAGAGCCGUAUUAGGUUAUCAACAAUAGGGUCACCAUCCGCCUCAGAGAAUCCUUAGGGUACAGUGCUUAUACUGAGGACGGUUGAUGAAAGGCUGGUGCUAUGUUGGGCAUGGUCUAUGUGAAAGUCUAGGAGGUGUAUUUUACCUUAUCCCAGCCACAGUAAUUAGACUGGAAAAGGAUAAUGGCCAUUUGACUGAAGAACUCUUAGGUGGAACGCUUCGUUCCUGUGUGAUGCUGCAGAAAGUUUCCCAAACGGUCCGUGCCUUGGUUUGUCACAUAUCAAACCAAUCUUACUCUGCUAAGUGAAAGGUAAACUUAGCAGUUGAACCAGCAUGCUGUGGUAUUGUAGUGAGUUUUCAUAGAUGACUGAGGAGGCAGGGAGCCUGUCAUUUAGUACCAUCACCUAAGUGGUAAUCAUUUCUACUGUGUCCUAAACGGCUCUGAGUACUGGGCAAAUGUGUAUAUGUCUGUGUGUCAAAAUAAAAGUUUUUUUAAAGGAC